CCCGUACGGUUAACUGUGCCAAAGGAGAAGUGCAUAACCAGUCUAAAGUCCAUCAAAAGCUGCUCCGCAUACAGAUCAGAGGGAUUUCACAACAUAGCAGACUGCUACGUUAAACCAAGAUGGUGAUUAUGUCUGGAACAUACACGCUGGGGAUCAUAUGUCUGGUCCUUCUGAUUGUUCUGUUGGCCUGCAUCAUGUACCAUCCACUGAAGAAAUACUUUCAGGACUGGAACGAUUUGAGGCCAAUCCCUGGAGUGGAUGGAGCUUAUCCAAUCAUUGGGAAUGCACUUCUGUUCAGCACUAAUGCAGGAGAUUUCUUCAACCAGAUUAUUGAAGGCACUAAGGAGUUCAGACAUUUACCAUUGCUGAAGGUUUGGGUUGGACCCCUGCCAUUGGUGGUCUUGUUUCAUGCAGAGACUGUGGAGGGGAUUCUGCACAGUUCCAAACACAUAGACAAGGCCUAUUUCUAUAGGUUUAUGCAGCCUUGGCUUGGGACUGGCCUGCUCACCAGCACAGGGGAUAAGUGGCGUGGCAGAAGGAAGAUGUUGACCCCGACAUUCCAUUUCUCCAUCUUGGCUGAGUUUCUGGAGGUGAUGAAUGAGCAGGCUGAGGUUUUAACACAGAAACUGGAGAAGCAGGCUGGAGGAGAUCCAUUCAACUGUUUUAGCUACAUUACACUCUGUGCUUUGGACAUUAUUUGUGAAACGGCAAUGGGAAAGAACAUCUACGCACAAAGUAACAGCGAGUCUGAGUACGUCCGCAGUGUGUACAAAAUGAGUGACAUCAUCGGACGUCGCCAGAGAGCUCCCUGGUAUUGGCCAGACUUCAUCUACAGUCUGUUAUGGGAGGGGAAGGACCAUGACAAUAGACUGAGGAUCCUCCAUUCAUUCACUCAGAGUGUGAUCAAGGAGAGAGCAGAAAGCAUGGAGAAUGCAGGUUCAGACAGUGAAUCUGACCAUGGCAUCAAAAGGAGAAGACUUGCCUUCCUGGACAUGCUGUUAAAAGCCACUGAUGAGGAGGGAAAUUACUUGAGCCAUAGUGAUAUCCAAGAGGAGGUGGACACCUUUAUGUUUGAGGGCCAUGACACCACAGCAGCCUCUAUGAACUGGGCCCUUCACCUACUGGGAUCCUACCCUGAGGUCCAGACCAAGGUCCAGGAGGAGCUCCAAGUGGUGUUUGGUUCCUCCAACCGUUCCGUCACCGUCGAUGACCUGAAGAGGUUACGUUACCUUGAAUGCGUCAUCAAGGAGACCCUUCGCCUCUUCCCCGCCGUGCCCAUGUUCGCACGCACCGUAAGCGACGACUGUCACAUCAAUGGCUUUAAAAUUCCUAAAGGAGUGAAUGCCCUGAUCAUUCCCUUCGCCCUGCACCGCGAUCCACGAUACUUCCCGGAUCCCGAGGAGUUCAGGCCAGAGCGUUUCCUGAUAGAGAACAGCACAGGACGACAUCCCUACGCAUACAUCCCCUUCUCCGCUGGACCCAGGAACUGCAUCGGCCAGCGGUUUGCCAUGAUGGAGGAGAAGGUGGUGCUGUCUUCGGUGUUGCGUCACUUCUCCGUACGGGCCUGCCAGAGCCGAGAGGAGCUGAGACCUCUGGGUGACCUCAUACUCCGACCAGAGAAGGGUAUUUGGAUUACGCUAGAGAAGAGACAAUGCUAGAGAAGAGAUGCUAGUCUCCCCUGGCAAACAGCUCUACUAUAAUACUAUGGUACUUUGUCAUGCUAGAGAAGAGAUGCUAGUCUCCCCCGGCAAACAGCUCUACUAUAAUACUAUGGUACUUUGUCAUGCUAGAGAAGAGAUGCUAGUCUCCCCCGGCAAACAGCUCUACUAUAAUACUAUGGUACUUUGUCAUGCUAGAGAAGAGAUGCUAGUCUCCCCCGGCAAACAGCUCUACUAUAAUACUAUGGUACUUUGUCAUGUCGUAAUACAUUGUUUUGUUGUAGCCUCUUUCUCAAUCUUGUGUCUAUAUUAUAGCAAGUGUUUUUUUAAUAAAUACAAAUGAUGUAUGAAGGUUAAAUUAUUUGCUUUAGUUGAAUAAAGUAAAACAAAGGGAUUCUGGUUGGAUAAAUAUAUUUGCUAAAUCAGUGUUUCUGACCUAAUGAUUCAGCUCCAGUGGCGACCCUUAAUUCAGGGCAGGUGUGGCAGAGCCCCGUUCAGCAAAAAUGAAAAAGUGCCUUUUGGCUUUAAUAUGUAUCACAUCAGUUUGCAAACAAUGUAAAAAAAACAAAAACAUAAUUGAGUUAAUAAAGCCGCUUACAAACAUGG